AUGUCUCAUUCAUUAUCGAAAUACGUUAAUUAUAAUUCGUCACCACCACAACCGUCACCACCACAACCGUCACCACCACAACCGCAACGAUCAUGGCCAAAUUAUUUCAACCUGUCGUAUCAACAACCACAAUCGCAUCAUCAAUAUAAUCAGGAUGUUUUGACACAUCGACCAGCAAAUCCAUUUGGAAGACCACCUGCAACAACAAAAAUGUCUCAUUCAUUAUCGAAAUACGUUAAUUAUAAACCGUCACCACCACAACCGCAACGACCAUGGCCAAAUUAUUUCAACCUGUCGUAUCAACAACCACAAUCGCAUCAUCAAUAUAAUCAGGAUGUUUUGACACAUCGACCAGCAAAUCCAUUUGGAAGACCACCUUAUCCCGAACAACAACAAUAUUCACAU